AUGAUCUUAUUGACAUGUGACAAGGAAAAUGGAUGUCAGUUAACGGAUCAGCAUUUGGCUCAAUUAUAUGCAGCAAAAGAGAAGGGAACUGUGCUUUUGCGCAGCUACUUUAGAAACGAAGAUAGCUUUCUUGAGCUCUUUGAACAAGAAAUUCGCAGCUUGAGCAGUCGUGUUCUGCGACUAGAUGUCUUACUUAGGGAUGCUGUUCUUCUACUUCCUCCAUCCGAUCCCGUGCAGGAUUCUGGAGAGCCAAUAGACACUGGCAGGUCAGCAGCGACCUCAAAACUUACUUUCCGUCUACCUUCAACUGAGAUGGAGUAUACUUUGCGUGCCAUUGGUGUCUUCCUUCAAGUAACUACUUUUUGCAUUCAGCAUUAA